CCUUAGCAUACACCAGACCUCUUCUCUCAUGACUGGAAAACUCUCCAACAACCUCAUCCACCACUGAGUGCAAAAUACGCACCAAGGAUAAUGUUACCCUGUUUAAAUGUUGCUGUGGUCCUCUGUCUUCUGCAGGUCCUCUGCAUUACUGCAGACAUAGACGGUGGCUCCUUCCUGAUCUUCAACGAGAACCACAACAAGUGCAUAAAGGUGGAGAGUGCCACCUCCAUAACAGUGGCCCCCUGCGAUCCUCAUGCCAAAAACCAGCAGUUUCGCUGGGCCUCCGAAUCUCGCAUCCUCAGUCUGUCCCUCAAGCUCUGCCUGGCGGCCACAGAGAUUAAAGACUGGGUAAAGGUGGUCCUCUUUGAAUGUGAUGAGAACAAUGACCUCCAACACUGGCAGUGCAAGAACGAGACCCUCUUUGGCCUCAAAGACCAGGACCUGCACUUAAACUGGGGCAACCGCAAUGAAAGGAACAUAAUGAUCUACAAAGGCUCUGGGCUCUGGAGUCGCUGGAGGAUAUAUGGCACACGGGGUGACCUUUGUUCAAAGGGGUUUCAAGAGAUUUUCACAAUAGGGGGCAAUGCCUUUGGAGUCCCCUGUCAGUUCCCAUUUAAGUUUGAGGACAACUGGUACGCUGAAUGCACAAAAGAUGGCCGCUCAGAUGGAAGCCUGUGGUGUGCAACAGAGAGAGAUUACAAUAAAGUAAAGAAAUGGGGCUUUUGUCCCACCGAAGCCACCUCAGGUUGGGAUACUGACCCCGUCACAGGGGUUCAGUAUCAGGGGAACACACAGGCUGUGUUGACCUGGCAUCAGGCCAGGAAGAGCUGCCAGCAGCAGGGAGCCGACCUCCUCAGCAUUGUGGAGCUGCAUGAGCAGUCAUACAUUUCAGGGUUAACAAAUAAUCUGGGAACAUCUCUUUGGAUUGGACUGAACAGCUUGGAUUUUGAGAGUGGGUGGCAGUGGAGCAACGGAAACCCGUUCAGAUAUUUAAACUGGGCUCCAGGUCAUCCCUCAUCAGAGCCUGGGCUCACCUGUGCAACCCUAAAUGCUGGAAAAGCCUCAAAAUGGGAGAGCAGCGCCUGCACUAAGAAGCUUGGUUACAUCUGUCGCAAAGGAAACUCGACCAGUCUGCCUCCACCACCAAGCAAAGACCAGCCCACCUUCUGCCCCAGUCACUGGGUUCCUUAUGCAGGUAACUGUUACUACCUGGAGAGGAGUAAAAAGAUGUGGAAGGACGCUUUGGCGGCGUGUCACAAAGAGGGAGGAGAUCUGGCCAGCAUACACAAUAUAGAAGAGCAGAGCUUCAUCAUAUCUCAAUCUGGAUACUUGCCAACAGAUGUGCUCUGGAUCGGCUUGAAUGAUCAGAGAAACCAGAUGCUGUUUGAAUGGUCAGAUCACUCCCACGUUACCUUCACCCAGUGGCAGACUGAUGAGCCAACGCAUGCCACCAACCUCCAGGAAGACUGUGUCCUCAUCAGAGGAAAGGACGGGAGGUGGGCUGACCACAUGUGUGAGAAGAUGUACGGAUACAUCUGUAAGAAGAAGGCCUCCAUUAAACCAGGUGAAGGUGCCCAUGAGGACGCCAACCCAGGCUGCAAGCUUGGCUCGAUCAGGUAUGGAUCUUAUUGUUACAACAUUGGGUCUGAGACAAAAACCUUUGAUGAGGCAAAGCAGACAUGUUCGAAUGCUGGUGGUCACUUGGUGGAUGUCACUGAUAGAUAUGAGAAUGCCUUCUUGGUCAGUUUGGUGGGUUUGAGACCAGAGAAGUAUUUUUGGAUGGGUCUAUCAAACACAGGCGACAUAAGCACUUUCAAAUGGACCACCAGAAGAAAAGUCACAUUCACUCACUUCAAUGUGGGCAUGCCAGACAGACACCAAGGAUGCAUUGCCAUGACAACUGGGGUUUUUGCUGGAUUAUGGGAUGUUGUCAGCUGCAGCAACAAGGAGAAGUAUAUCUGCAAGAAACCAGCAGAGGGUGUACUGGUGACAACAGUCCCACCCACCACCCCAGCCCUGAGCUGUGAGUCCGGGUGGACCCCUGCUGCCAAGAGGAGCUUCUGCUAUAAACUUUACAAAAAAUCAUCAGACUUUAAGAAGAAUUGGUCAGAAGCAAGAGACUUCUGCAGAGCCAUUGGUGGGGACCUGAUGAGCAUACACAGUUCACUGGACCUGGACAACGCUCCGUUUUAUUCUUCUAACCCAGCCUGGAUUGGCCUUAGCCUCGGUACCAACUCAGGUUUCGGAUGGAGUGAUGGCUCACCUUUUGAGUAUGAGAACUGGGGCUAUGGAGAACCCAACAACCACAAUGACAAUGAACACUGUGCAGAGGUCCACUUUUACUACGGACGGCACUGGAAUGAUCGGCACUGUGAGUCCUACCAAGACUGGAUCUGCCAGAUACGCAAAGGUGUGACUCCCAAACCUGAGCCUGUCGUAAUUGAAACAGUUUAUAACACCACAGAAGAUGGCUGGCUUAUAUACAAUGACACACAGUAUUUGAUAAACAAGGACAAGCUAAAUAUGGAAGCUGCUAGAGCCGCCUGCAAAAAGGGCUUUGGGGAUCUUGUAGUCAUCACCGGGGAGACUGAGAGGAAGUUCCUUUGGAAACAGAUAGCGAAAGGCACAGAAGGACAAUACUACAUUGGCAUGACAGUAAAUCUGGAUCGAUCAUUUAGCUGGGUGGAUGGCAGCCCUAUAACAUACACCGCAUGGGAACACAAUGAGCCCAACUUUGCUAAUAAUGAUGAAAACUGUGUGACUUUAUAUAAGAACAUGGGGUACUGGAACGAUAUUAACUGUGGUUUGGAGCUACCAUCUAUUUGCAAAAGAAGCAGUAAUUUUGUCAAUACAACGAUAGCCCCAACCACCAUAUCUAAGGGAGGAUGUGCACCAGAGUGGCUACCUUUCCAAGGAAAGUGCUACAAAAUUGUUGUGGGGAAUGACGAUAAGGGCUGGCAGGACGCCAGGACACACUGUAUAAACCAAGGAGGAAAUCUGGUUUCUGUCACCAAUGAGAGAGAGCAAGCUUUCCUGACAAUGCAGAUGCUGAAAUACAAUGAAGAUUUGUGGAUUGGCAUGAAUGAUGUCAACUGGGAGAUGCACUUUGUGUGGACGGACGGCAAAGGCAUUACAUACACCAACUGGGCGAAAGGGCAUCCAACAUCAGUGCCUGAGGGACGUUAUGCAUUUAUGGAAGAGACGUUUGACUGUGUGAUAAUGGUGGGCAGCACUGCCAAAACAGCAGGGUUCUGGAAGGUGGAAGACUGUCACUCAAAACAUGGCUUCAUCUGUAAAAGAAACGUCGAUUCUCAGAUUGCAGUCCCAGCCACAACUAUGUUACCAAAGACUUUCUCCAAACUUGGCAACGACUCCUACAAGGUGGUGGCCCAGAAGAUGAGAUGGGAUGAGGCGAGGAGGCAGUGCCAAGCAGACGAUGCAGAUCUGGCCAGUAUCCUGAACCCUGUCACCCAGGCAUACAUCAUCUUACAGAUUUCCAAGCACAAUGAGCCUGUGUGGAUCGGCCUCAACAGCAAUGUGACUGGUGGGCGGUAUAAGUGGGUCGAUAACUGGCAUCUGUCUUACACCAAAUGGGGGACAAAUGAGCCUAAAAACAACUAUGGUUGCGUGUAUAUAGACGUGGACAGAACAUGGAAAACUGGACCAUGUACCAAUACCUACUAUUCCCUUUGCAAGAAGUCACCAGACAUAGCACCAACUGAUCCUCCACAACUCCCCGGCAACUGUCCAGAACCAAAGAAAAGAAAAACCUGGAUACCUUUCAGAGGCCACUGUUACUCCUUCUUUGGCUCAAUGGUGGACAACUGGGCCCACGCCUCAGUUGAAUGUCUGAGAAUGGGUGCUUCUCUGUUGAGUAUUGAGGACCCUCAGGAGGGUCUCUUCAUACAGCAGAACCUGGAGCUUCUGCAGGACGAAUCCAAGUCCUUCUGGAUUGGCCUCUACAAGACUCAUGAAGGUGAGUGGAUGUGGAUCGAUAACAGUGCUGUGGACUAUACCAACUGGAAAACAGGGAUGCCAAAGUCUGAAUCAUGUGUUGGCAUCAGUUCAGACAGUGGUAUGUGGAGUACAAGCAGCUGCAGCAGAUACAAAUCGUACAUCUGCAAAACAGCCAAAGUUAUUACACCAACAGAAAAGCCACCAGCUGUUGCCCCCGUCGUUAAAGAAGCUUCUCAUGGGUCUGCUGGCAUCACUGUGGCUGUAGUGCUAGUUGUAAUCGCCGUAGUUGGACUCGGUGCCUUCCUCCUUUUCCGUAAACGGAUACCCACCCCUGUCUUGGGAGAAAGCACCUUUGACAACAAGUUAUACUUCAACAAUCCAAUACGAGCCCCUGUGGAUGCCAAAUGUCUGGUGGCCAACAUAGAGCAGAAUGAACAAGCGUAGAAAGACAAAUGAUAUGAUUAUGAUUUCAUUCUUUAUUUUGGAUUACUUCACUGGAAACUGAAUGUCAAACAAACCCUGUAGUGUUUUUCCAUUUAAAGAUAAUGAUUCUUAAUUAUUAUAGAAUAAUGCAUACAAGCACCGGCACUGCACUAAGUGAAUUAAGGACAAGAUAAUACAAGUGAACAAUCUUUAGCAAAUUUUACAUGAUUAUGUGAUUUGUGAAAUGUGUACAGUUUAGUUUUUACUUUUACCAAUCAAGAUAAUCAAGAACAUAUGUAGAUGAAACAACAGUUUAAAAAUCAAGAAGGGUGAAGAUGUUUUAUUAAUGCAAUUAUCAGAUUUUUCUCAUCUGGGUUGCUGUUAUUAUUCUCCAUGGGCUGCUCAUCAGCCUGUUUCUGGUUUUGACAUUGUAAAUAGAUGCUAAAUAAAAGAAAUGAAAUUAAUAAAACUAAA